AUGUCACUCACAGCUUCGCUUCUCCACCUUUCUCCCAAGCUCUCCACCCAAUUCCUCCAUGGCUCCUCCACCCCUCUCUCUCCUCUCUCCAAACCUACUUCCUCUCUCUCCUUCCCAACCCUUCAACGCCACUCUUUCCUCCCUCCCGUUAGAGCCCUGAAGUACCUUCAAGGCCGAGUCGUCUGCUCCACAAGCGACAAGACCGUCGCCGUUGAGGUCACUCGCCUGGCCCCACACCCGAAGUACAAGAGGAGGGUGAGGAAGAAGAAGAAGUACCAGGCUCACGACCCAGAGAACCAGUUCCAGGUUGGGGACGUUGUGCAGCUUGAAAAAAGCAGACCCAUUAGCAAGACCAAGACUUUCAUUGCUGUUCCGCUUCCUGCCAAGAAUGUGAAGAGCAAGUCUGGUGAAGAAGAUGCGUCCAAAGAGCUUGGGAUUACUUUGGAGUCUCAGCAGGUUUAG